AUGGACAAGGUCAGAGCAAAGACGCGUACGGCGCGCAACAGACUCGCCGAGGCCACUUCUUCAGGAACCGGGCAGGGGUCGCUUCACGUGCCUCACUCUUCACUCGCGCCCCACGACAACUCAUCGACGCAUGCUGUCAACGAAGGCUUCCUGGGGCCACUGCCGGGCACCGAGGCGCAAGACUUUGCUACACCGAACGAGCCAACGCGACAGCCAGUGAUUGAGCCGCCGACUUCACUUCAGUCCUCGGUCGAUGCUGUGCGCGUCCGCGAAGGGCAAGAAGCAGCUCGGCACCACACAAAGCGCCUGCAUCUCUCCAGCAACAUCAACGCCGCCCACCUGUGGGACGACAAGCAAGUCGCCCAGGGCCCAAAUCCAUCUGCGCAGCGGCUGAGCACGUUGCCUGCACUCGACGAGGAACAUGCGCUGGGGCAGGUGCCUUCGAAUUCAAGCAAGCCCGAAUCCACCAAAGUCGAGCCUACACGCCUUCGAAAGGUCAAAAGUGCUAUACAGACGAGAAUACCGUUUUGGGGUAGUCCAGAGAAACAGGCGACACCAGAUGCAAGCGGCCACGCGACACCACAGUAUGAGGAACCUGCUGACUACACGUCGGACAUGGUCGAUGUGCUCGACACAAUUGAUCCCGAAGUCGCGACCCUCACAUCUCUGACCAACGUUCAAAACUCGCUCUUCAUUCCUAACCUACCAUUCCUGAACCGCCGACCCACCUACAACCUACGCCGCCGACCCAGUGAAACCGAAAGUCUCAAUGAGAUCAACAGGGUAUUGGGUCCGCUCCGAGAUGCCCAGGCCGAAGAACAGGCUGUACCUCGUCUUCGUAGAACAGAGAGUGAAGGUACAAUGGCCACCGUGGCCACGAUCGACUCGCAACUCAGCGACUCCCGUUAUGCUGUAUUACCCCAAGGUGCCUCAUUGGAAGGCUGGUCCAAGCAGGACAAGGCUGAGGUCAACGACCAUGUGCGGCAUAUGCUACACUCGAAGCGCUCCAAGUUCAAGCGCACUAUGCGCGGCUUCGGACAGUACGUGAGGAGACCACUCGGCUUCGCCGUCACACUCUAUGCCACGCUCAUCACCCUCUUCGGUCUUGCCUGGGUACUGUUCCUCAUCGGCUGGAUCAACGUUGGCGGCAGGCAGAUCUAUGUUGUUCACGUCAUCGACAGUGUGUUAGUCGCCUUGUUUGCCGUUGUCGGAGACGGUCUCGCCCCAUUCCGUGCCAUCGACACGUAUCACAUGAUCUAUAUCGCCCACUAUCAUCACUACACUUGGUCAAGGAGGAAGAAGGAUAUGCUACCGGCUUUGACUGACAACAACGAUCUACCUUCCGCCAAUGCGCCCAUUAGUGUGCCACGCACGGUCGACCCCGAGGACCCCGAGAAGCAGUGGGAAUUUACAGUCUUGACCCCCAAGCAGCAAGAGAAGCUCGAGCACCAUCAGGCCAAAUUUUGCAAGUCGCACUCCUUCUACAAGCCCCACGAGACCGAGACCCAUCACGCCUUUCCGCUACGAUUCCUUGUCGCCAUUGUCGUCCUUCUCGAUUGCCACUCCCUUCUUCAAAUCUCCCUCGGCGCAUGUACGUGGGGCAUUUACUACAAAGUCCGACCUUUUGCCCUCACCACCGUCAUUCUUUGCUGCUCCAUCACGUGCAACGCCACAGCCGGUCUACUUAUUUGGCUCGGCGACAAGCGCACGCGCAAGAAUGACGUGGUCGAGCGCAUGAACCGACAGGAGUUGACCGAGGAGGCUAUUCGUCAUGUGGAGAAGAAGAAGGAGAAGGGAAACGAGAGUGAAGAGGAGGGCGAGAAGAAGAGAAGUGGCAGCAGGAUGAGCUUUGAUGGCAUUAGGAAGUUCCAGGCACAAGCACUUGGUGGUGACAAGAAGGGGAAAGCUGAGCAGAAAGAGGAGCCCGCUUGUCCCUAGCAGUGUCGAGUGGAAUAACGAACGGGAUGUUGCAUUGUGUUGUGGAGCGUUCAAGCGUAUAUACCAAUAGUCUUUGGCAUUUUUUGCAUCUAGGAUAGCUUAAUUGAGAGAGAUUUCUUAUUCA